AAAGCGAGUGAGAGUGAAUGGGCAGGAUUUACGCCGCCUGACAGGGGUUGCACCUUACAUUUUGCAGCAGAGUUCUCUUGCGCGCCUCCACAAAUAGACUUUCGGCACAGAUGCAAAGAGGGCAAGCCUCGGUGGGCGCUUGCGUUUGCGUUGAAAAAAAUCGCAUUUAUUUGUAUGUUAAAACGGUUGUGGGCUGUGCGGGACUCUUAAUUCUAGCCGUUUAAAAAAAGACAGGAAACUGCUCAGCGCUUGAUUGUCGAACGGUGGUCUCAUUGCGCUGCCCUAGGUGUUGAAAGACCUGCUGUUGCUUUUCUGCGGCAACUCAACGAGUUGAGAUUGAAAGCCCGUUUCGGAUGAGGCAACAAUACGCGGAGAGAAUAGCAGACCGAGGUGAAUGCCGAGUAAAUGUGCGCCGGUCUCGGUACAUACAAUACUCAGAUUAAAUGGGAUUUCACGUCCGCCAAGCAGAAUGUAAAAAUCGGUUGAAGGAUGGAGAAGACAGUUUUAUCUGCUACGCUGCUGUUCCUGGGCUGUCUCGGUGUGUCUUGGGUUCAUGCGGACAGUCUGUCAGCUCCUCUCAAUGUGACGAUCAAGGCUCUUAAGGUUAAUUCUGCGGUGGUGACGUGGGACAUCUUUGAAGGGGACCCUGUCAUUGGAUUCGCCAUCACCCAGCAGAAGAAGGACGUUCGCAUGCUGCGCUUCAUCCAGGAAGUGAACACCACCACCCGCUCCUGUGCAUUAUGGGACUUGGAGGAGGACACAGAGUACAUUGUGCACGUCCAGUCUAUCAGUCUGAGUGGCACCAGUCCCCCCAGCGAGCCUGUGCUCUUCCGCACCCCAAAGGAAGCUGAGAAGCUGGCCUCUAAGAGCCCAGAUGAGGUCACAAUGGAGGAGGUGGAUCAGAGGGCCCAGCUGCGGGCAGGGGAGCUGAUCAUCAUUGUGGUGGUGCUGAUCAUGUGGGCAGGUGUGAUCGCUUUGUUCUGCCGCCAGUAUGACAUCAUCAAAGACAACGAACCAAAUAACAACAAGGAUAAAGCCAAGAACUCUUCAGAGUGCAGUACACCAGAGCACCCGACGGGGGGGCUGUUGCGCAGCAAGGUAUAAUCAGCCUCCACCGCCCCCACCAACCCCCUAAAGCCCUGAGCAGCUCCCCAAGAAUCAGAACAGAGAGCCAUCAGUGAACAUCAUCGAGGUGUGACUGUCCACAUUCAUGCAAAAACAUGCUCAAAAUCAAAGGAACAAGUAAUCCAGUGGUGCAAUGGAGCCUUUUGGUAUGCUGGGAAGAGCCAGGAAUUCUGGGAGCAUUCUCUCUGCCCGCCCACUCUCACCAGCAGAGCGUGGCCCGAACUGGGAAGCUCCCCGGGGUAAAAGGAGCCCAUAGUGAGGCAGAGCAGGAGCUGGGGAACACUCGUCUUUAGUGAAGUCACUCUGCAGGGCCUCCACCCCACCCAAAAUGCACCAUUCUGUUCCAGCAUGGCAGCGAAGAUAACGUGAAAUCUAUGAGCCAUGGAGAAGCAGGCAAUGAUGUGGCAGGGAAAGGGACCAUUUUUCUCAGAUUUCUCUCCUUAUCAGUAAGCAAGCAGGACUUCCACCACUUUUGUUGAGGUGGGAGAAGCUUACAGCAAAUUAUAUUUUUCCUCUCUUCUUUCUUGCUCUUUCUCUCUCUCUUUCUCUCCCCCCCCUCUCUCUCAGGUCUCCCUGUCACUCUCUAUCUCUCUUGUCUCCUGCCUUUUCCUCAUGUCAUUCCAGAGCUGGUUUUGUCUGAAUCAGAUCUGAUUGGUUCCCAGAUCGGAGGAGCACCGUGGAUAUCGGCAGGCUGAUUUCGGACUCUGUAAGAGCCUCUGGUGAAGCUUCCGUCUGGUCGGGACGUCUGCGUUUUGUCCCAAAAAUACGCUAGCGAGCUUAUUGGCUGCUUCUCAUCUCCUCUGCUGUCUGGGUCUGGACUCUCCCUCAGACUCCUUUAAUGAAUAUAUACAUUUAUUCAUUAGUAUCAGCAGCCAACAGCAAUGUUAAUAAAUCUUUAAUGGUCUGUAUUAUCUCUUCAGCACAAGAGAUCGCUGUCUCAGAAAAGCACAUAACUACAAUACUUGGAACAUUUGAUCCUUAAACGUUGUCGUUGUCAUAAUAGUAAUGAUGAAGAUGAUGAUGGCAAUGGUUAUUAUUAUGAUAAUGAGUAUUUUUAUUAUAGCCUCAUUGAUGACUUCUGUUUUCAAAAAGGUGUGUUAAAAAAAUCAUGUUGCCUUGCCUGUUCUCCCACCAUCUGUUGUCUGUCUUCGUGUUAAAAUUUCAUUGAUUUUUCCUCAUUCAGUCCUAACAAACCCAGUCUUUGGAAUUUUGUGAUUUCAUCUGUCCAACAGAAUUUACAGUGAUGUAAUAACUUUAAAUAGCUGUCACAAAUUUCCCAGAAAAGAGCUACUCAGCACUGCGGAUGUAUUAAAGAGGGUUCAGCAUGGUCCUUAGCCUUCAGAGCUCUAAUGAAUAGGCCAUUUCCUAUGACCUCAAAAGGGGUUUAAACCUUAAGGUUUGACACCCAUUUGUACCACCAUUCAGAUUUUGUUGGAGUGGUCUAAAUUGAGAUUUACACCCUUUCUAGGUCAUUGCAAUUGGUUUAGUAAGGCUUCAUCUGACAGCAAUAAACCCAAGAUCAGAGCCAAGGAACGCUAUUCAUAAGACCAAACAGCUCAGGCCUUGUGAUGACAACACAUGGGAAACUACUGUCAUGCCCCUUAUCCACUGAAGAGCAGGGACCAGGCUGGUAUAACACAGUUUUAGGUCAAGUUCCAGGUGGCUUUCCAUCUUCUUUUGUCAAGCUGAAAAAGAGCUAACCAAAUCAGGUCAGGUAGUCAUCAUUACUGGUGUUGCCCUGCUUUCAAGUGAGUUAUGUGAUUCAGCUAACUGUAACAACAUUGCUUCCACUGGCAAGAGGAAUUAGGAGACAAGCAGCAAGGAGAUGAUUGUCCAUGCUUUAGCAUGAGUAAAGUAUGAAUGUACAUUUUUCUAAACGUGUGUGAAGUCAUGUCUCUGGUGAUGGGGAAUGCAAUGUAAAUGCAGCCGUGAAGGGUUAGCUUAGCCAGCUUUGGCUUCAGCUCAAGCCAGCUUGGAGACAGGGUAUCAGUUUGCCCAUAUCCCAGCAUGCAAUGCUUCUAACCAGCAAAGCACUGACCCCAUACAGGUGCCAUUUACAUCGAUGGAAAGUGAAAUAAAAGUCCUGACUUUUCCUU